UGCUGAAAGUCCCUGUUUCCCAUAGUAUUACCUCUCUGGCUGCCCCGUGUGUUCUCACCUCGACCAUGAGACACCUUGCAUGGGGGCAGUAGGGUGAUUUAAGGAUAUUAGUAUGCCUCCCAAGCCACUGUUCCUCAAACACACAUCCCUGGCACGUCCCAUAGAUGGUUUGCUCCACACAGUGGGAUUCCUAUGAGGCUGGGGUCUAAAGGCAUCGUGGUUGCACUGUCAUGGACCAGGAGGGCACCAAGGAGCUGCAGAAUAGGGGGCAGAGCCUGAGCAGUGUGAAGGGACAGGAGGUGCCAAGUGCCACAUCCUGUGCCAGCCUGUGGCCAUUUUUACCGUGUCCUUCUUGGGAGAAGAAUUCAAGCCUAUGAAAACGAGUGCAACUGUGGUCUUCAGUCUGGUACAGGUGUGUCAUCCUAGGACAAGGGACCAGCAAGUUGCAAGCACUUUCAUCUCAAUAAUAAUGUGAAAAGGCAGCCACCAAAGCCCCAUAAUGUUGGCAGUGUCGCCCACUUCACCCAGUCCCCUACUGCAGCAGACCAGAAUUCCCUCCUUGCUCUGUCCCUCCAUUCUCUGCUAUUGUGGUCAUAAACACUGGGCUCUACCAUGGGAAUUUGUUUUUUGUUUACUGUUGAAAUCAAGUCUUUCCAGCACACGUGAACAAGGUAGGUGUUUAGAUAAGCAGUAAGAUUUCCUCCUACUUCUGUACUUCUGUAGCUUGUGGCUGUUGUUACAGGUCUGGUGCAAGGUGUUGUUUAGGCUGUUCCUCUGCAUUCUCAUCUCCCCAAGGCAAGUUCUACUUCCUCCUCACCAAUCACCUCCAGCCCUUCCCUGGGAGAUGUCGACCAAACAGAAGCCAAGUCUCUUUGGACACCUCAUUAUUUCGGUUUACCAAUGGCAUUACUUUUCCUCCCUUGGCAAUUUUGCCAUAGGUGCUUGUGAGUUCUCAUUUUCCAUACCCUUAACUCUCAGAGCUGUUCUUUAUCUGCAUCCUUGUAUCCUUCUUUCUUUCAGAAUGGUUUGUUUUACAGCAUGUUUUACAGUUGAUGCUGAAAUCCAAGGACUCUGAAAGUCCAAACCAGUGGCUCUAUCCUAAAGAUGACACAGCAUGCUUGCUGUGGGGUCAGGCCUUUUCCAUGGAAUGCCUGAAGUCAUGAUGGUGGUUUUGCCACCUUUUCAUGGUGCUUGGUGUAGGGGUGCAUGAUUUAGCAUGGCAGCUCUGUUUGGGAUCCACAGCCUCUUGGGGAUACCCUUCAAAGAGGAAUGCAUUCAUACGUAUCCUCUUUUGUCCCAUCCACUGCCUGGAGAGCCCACCAACACAGCAUAAAAUGCUCUGGAUAUAACCAUACUCAGCAGCUUUUAGGAAAUGGGCAGCCCCAGGUUAGGCAUAGCAGUCUUGUUGGUGUUCACUUGGACUCAGAGCAUCUCUACAGCACCUGGAAGAGCUUGCUUCCAUCUUGGAUAUGCUCAUUCACCUGGCCCAAAGAGACAAACAAAAGCCCAGACUGCGUCCAUGUCCCCAUUCCCCAGAAACACUGAGUGAAAGGGAACUCCAUGUACCUUCUCCAACAUCGACCUGGUCCAUUCGAGGGCAGCAGACCUAUGCUGAGCUGUUGGUGCCCACUAAGGCUUCCUGCCAGCAAUGCCACCCAGCAGAAGGCAUAGGGUCCUGACUGAGUCAAACAUGAACCCUCAUAGAGAUGAACAGCCACACGUGGUGCCAAAUUGCCAUGAGUGCAGCCAGCAGGGCAAGAUAAAUUAUACAUCCCCUCCAACUGGCACUUGUGAUUCCUCAUCUGGGAUUUGUCCAGGUUUAGGGUCUAUGGACACCAGAGAGAUGGUUUUGUAUGGUCAGGAGGAGAUGAAGGAGGAGCUUUUUGCUGUUUGCAACUACCAAACAGGAGGGUACAGACAGGACAGAGCCAGAUUUGAGAACAACCACAGGACAAAAUUCAGCAGCAUCAUGGGAAAUGAGAUAUAAAAGGGGAAAUAAAAGACAUAUCUUCAGCACUUCAGCAUGAGCAUGUUCUAAUAGUAUUAUCCAGAGGGCUCCAUGCACAGAGGUACUCAGAGCUGGGGUAGACAAACCUCCAGGCAACCUGGUUUAACCAAAAAGUCCCACUUUGAACAGAGGGUUGGAGCAGACUUCUCCACAGGCUGCUUCCAACAUGAAUGAUCCCACAAACUGAUAUUCUGAGAAUAAAGUGGCACUGACACCUGCAGGAUGGUUGCCCUGGCUGUGCACCUUCAUUUGGGGAUAACGAGCUGCACUUUGGCUUGCUGGAGCCGUUGUCAGGGAGGUUGCCAGGGAGGCUGACAUCAGAUAUCCCUUCCCUAUAGAUUAUCAUGCACAGCAGCACCAUCAGUUCCUAAUCUGCAAACGAGAUGGGAGGGCAACCAGAGGAAGCCCUGGAGGGUGUUUUGCGUCAGUGGCCUGGGUUGCCUAGCACCGCUGGGACCACGGAGAAGGGGCACCAGAUUUUUUACCCCUGCGUGUCCUAUCUGGGAGCCAAACAUCGCUGAGGACAUAGCAGAGGAGCAGCAGAGGAGAUGGCAGCUGAGGCAGGGGAGCUCAAGCUGCCCUUCAUCCACGAUGACCAGCUCACCCGGUGCAUGCGUCUGAGAGCUCAAAGCCUGCAGCAGAAAAAUGCCAAGCCCCAGGAUGGUGAGAAGCUGCUGCGUCCCAAUGAGCACAUCUACAGGGUGGAUUUCAUUCAGCAGCACAACCUGCGCUUCCUCCGCUGGGACAUUCAAUUGGAGAGCUCUGGGAAGGUGAUGGUGACUGGAACCUCCCAGCACUGGACUCCUGACCUUACCCACCUUAUGAACCGGCAGCUGCUGGAACCAGUGGGCAUCUUCUGGAAGAAACCAGGGGCCAAGGAGGUGGAAUACAAUGAGGCAGAUGCUCAAGAAUUUGGGGAGCGGCUGGUGGAGUUAGCCAAGAUCCGCAAGGUGAUGUAUUUCCUCCUUGCUUUCACCGAUGGCCUUGAACCUGCUCAGCUGAAAGGUUCCAUCAUUUUUAAAGCCUGAUUUCCUCCAUCUCUGUCCUUCUUGCUCAGCUAUGCUUUGUCUUCAUUUUUCUUUCUUUUGUUCAGUUCUUGGUUGUUUCUAUGUGGUUCUUCAUUGAUGGGUGGCAUAACAGAAUGGUGGAGAGUAUCUUGGCACUUCUGGAGUUCUUCACCCCUGAAAAACAUUCCCUAAACAUGCUUUCCUCAAUCUGAAUGAAGGGGAAGAGGGAGGACGAGCCAUGGAUGCUUGCUGCUUUAUUUGCCUAGAGUAUAAUUCUGCUUGCUUGUGAGUUCAGGGAUUCACCAAGCCUGGCUAGCAACAGUUUUGCUGGAUUGGAAAUGUUUGGCUGCUCUUACCCUUCCAACCAUGGCACCUGGAUACAAAAUGCCCGAUGGAAAAACAAAUUGCUAUGCUGCAAACGGGAGAGGCAUCCUGGAGGGUUUCCAUCAAGUUUCCAUCCCAGCCAUCCAAAAGGGGAGGCUUGUUUGAGAUGGAUCCUUGCAAGGAUGCUAAGUGCUUGCAACUUACAGUGACUCCUGUGUGACUGUGACUGCUCCAUGUCUCUGAAGACCAGACCUAUGGAAGCUCACCUUACCAUGAAGCUGAAGGACCUUCAGACGUGUUGUAUUCAGCAUUCAUACAAACCCACUGGACAAAAAAUAGAAGGGUGGACCUUCCUUUUCCUGACUUUCACUGUUUAAUACUGGGGGUCAUUGUGGGGAGGUGUGCUCAGACAUGUUGCCUUCCUCUUGCUGCAUGUAUUUUUGAUACUGAGAUGGGUUGAAGCAGGCAUGCAUGUAUGUGCAGAGCCAGCAGCUUGGAGCAGGCUGUAUGUCUGAGCCAGCUGCUAGUCCCUUGCAGCAAAACCAAUCUCUGCAUGAUUAUGGCUUUAAAACACCUUCAUGGCCAAAUUGGAUGGGGCAUUGAACAACCUGGUCUAAUGGAAGGUUUCUCUUUCCAUGGCAGGGUGGUUGGAACUAGGUGAUCUCUAAGGUCCUUUCCAACCCAAACCAUUCUUUGAUUCUGUGAUCUAUAGAGAGUACCUUGCAGGCCACGUCCAGGAUGUUUUGUUCCUGUCUCAUCCAUUGACUGGGGAUAAAGUGCUGACUUUGGACAUCCUCUUUUCUUCCACCCAAAGGUAUUUUAGUGACACUUCUUGAGAGUCACGGGUGGAAAUGUCCUUUGAAAAAGUAUUUUUAUGAUUGGUUUGCACUUGCUCCCAAAUGGGGCUGAGCAUUAAGGUAUGAACUGAGGUUUUCCUGAGGUGUAUAAGGAGACAGCAGUGGUAGGAAAGCCAGGAUGAAAUGGCACAAUUCCCAUCCAGCUUUUUCUCCACAUCCCAUGGAGAUGCUGGACACCAUGCCCUCUCUAGCCCAAUCACAGUGUAUAAAAUGAUAUACACAAGUUGUAUUAGAGAAAGGGGAAAAGUCAAACAGGAGAUGGAGAGAAGUUGGGAGCUUUGAGUCUUGCUUGCAGCCAAAGUUCAGCAACCACAUAUGGCCAUGCCGUGUUCACUGCAUGGACAUUGCUUAUAUCCGAAGAUAUGCUGUAUUCAAUGAAGAGAAAUAAAAGGGGACCCAUCCCUGGUUGACUAUAGUAUGGACCUAUGGUGGAUCAAACCCAGUUCUAGGGUCCCAAAAUGGUCUCUUUUCCAAUAGAAGAACCCUCUUUAUACAUCCCAGAUCAAAGUUCCUGAGUGCAAACCAGAUUAGACCCCAUAACAGGAGUCACUGCCAACUUCCAAAAAGGUUUUUGCUUGCCAGGUCUCAUAGUAUGUAAUUGCUACAAUGCUGUUUGCUCAGUUAGAGUUCAUGCAGUGGGUACUUUGCUUGGUAUUGAUGUGCCACAGUAAAUAAAAACCUUAUCAGCUGGUUUCCCCUUAAGGACCAAGGAUAUGCAUAUUUUCAUGAUUCCCUAUCUGGUAGCUGCCCCAGUCCUGUAUGCAGUAAGGCAGAACCCACCAAUUUUCAAGUCAUUGCUGGUAUUUUUGAUAAUCUCUUCUCUGUAAAAAAAAAGAAAACAAAAGACCUAAAAAAGAACAUUUACCACCUUCUCUCUCAGUGUGAAAGGCUAAAUGGAACAUUUAGGGUUUGGUUUGGUUUGGUUUGGUUUGGUUUGGUUUGGUUUGGUUUGGUUUGGUUUGGUUUGGUUUGGUUUGGUUUGGUUUGGUUUGGUUUGGAGGGGUGUGAAGCUGGGCAGGGGAGAAAUUGAUGGAGGAAUUGAUGCUCAUGUGGAUCUCACCUUUUAAUCAGAGCUGGGACUGGGAGAUGAAUGGGGCACUCUGAUUCCUCUCUCCCACAGGGCAGAUGAUCCAAUUUAUGCCAACCACUGAAAAUCUCCCUACAAAGUUUUCAGCCCUGUAAAGGUUUUCAGAUACACUACUCCAUCCCAUCUCCUGGGGAAGUUCAGUCCUGGUUCGUUCAGCAGAUUGGCACAGUGGGUUCCCCUCCUCCCCAUCCUCAGCUGGCAAGUUCCCAGUAGAAUCAGCACCCACCCAUCCCUCCUUCAAGUCAGGGAUGUUUCUUCAGAAUCAUAGGUGCAUUUUCUGUUAAUCUGCCUCUCUGGAGUAAGAAAAACUGCAUCAGGUUAGGGAAAUGCCAUUUUCACUGCCUUAAUGCAACCAAGCUAAGUCCGGGACUGAGCAGGAUCCCAGGAUGAGUGGUUAAGGUCAUGCUCUCUAGUAACCACUGAGGAGAGCUGAGAUAUCUGAAGAGGGCUCCUGGGGGUGGUUUGGAGCUGUGGAUCUCGUUUAUAUGACUAUCUCCUGCUUAAUCCUUUAGGGAAUAUGCAGUGUUAGGCCACAGGUGGAGUUGCACUGUGUGCCUUGAAGUGUGGAUGUCCUGAGACCAGUAUCCCAAUAGGCACCUGGAGCUGCCACCUCUCUCCUGUUGUGCCAGUGGAUGUAGGAGAUGGCUGCUCUCUGGCCCAGGGACAUCACUGUCCCACUGUCCUUCUUACACCCUUCUCAUGCACACUGGAUCUAGGUGCCCUCAGAAAUUCACCAUAGAAUCGUGGAAUCAUUAAGGUUGAAAGAGACCUCUGAGGUCAUCUAGUCCAACUAUCCACUUACCACCAAUAUUGCACCAUGUUCCUGUGUACCACAUCUACAUGGUUCUUGAACACCUCCAGGUAUGGUGACGCAACUACCUCCCUGUGCAGCCUGUGCUAGUGCUUGGUCAUUCAUUUGGAGAUGUUUUUCCUAACAUCCAACCUGAAUCUUCCCUCUGGUACAACACAAGGCCAUUACUGCUUGUCCCAUUGCUGUUACGUAGGAGUAGAGGCUGACACCCACCUCACUGCAGACUCAGUGAGGUUACAGACAGUUGUAGAAGGCAGUAAGGUCACCCCUGAGCCUCUUCUUCUCCAGACUGAACAAUCCCUCAGCUGUUCCCCAUAAGAUGUUUAAGGUGCUCCAGACCCUAUACAGCUCUGUUGCCCUUCUCUGGACCUCGAUAGAGGGGCCCAGAACUGAACAUAGCACUUGAGACGGAGCCAUGCCAGAGUUGAGUACAGGGGGACAGUCGGCUCAAGCUCCUGCUGGCUGCACUUUUGCUGAUACAAGCCAGGAUGCUGUUGGCCUUCUUGGCCAUCUAGGCUCACUGCUGGCUCAUCGUCAGCCAAGAAUGGAGAGUUCAUGAAGGGUUCUAUGAGAAGAGGAGCUUCACGCUUGAACUCAUGCCUCAGUGCUUGCCACGUUGAGCAAAGGCUCUGGAGGUCAUAGAAUCAUAGGAUAUCCUGAGCUGGAUAUAUGCAAGGAUCAUCAAGUGCUUCACACAGCACCACUCAAAAUCCAGACUAUGUCUGAGGGCGAUGUCCAAACACUUCUUGAACUCCAGCAGCUCAAGUGUAUGCUCACUGCCCUUUGUAAGCUUAUCCAUGCCCACUGCCCUCUGGGGAAGAACCUUUUCUGAGAAGAGAUCAGACUCCUCACCCCUUGAGUCACUGCUGGAACACAAUCUGUUAGUAGAUUCUGCUUUAUGUGUGAAGGCCAGCCACAGAUCCUGGUGCCUUCAACAGCUGAGGAUAAUUUUGGUGCCAUACCCAGAGGACGGGAUAGUAGAGAAUGGUGGGGGAUCAGUACCUCCUGCCACCAUUAGUGGUAGUGCUAGAUCUCAAAACCAGCCAGCUGGAAGCUGAGUAGCUGUCUCUAAUCAAUACCUUAGUCAUUUCUAAGCUCACAUUAAUAGUGAGUUGAUUAGCACAAUGGUCCUCUAUGACAAUUCAUUAUCACGAGUGCCAGUCAGGAGGGAAUCGAUGGGGACUGAUGGUCUGACCUUCCCUGGCAGUUACCCAGAGGGAGUCUGGGACAUCUUUCAUUAGCACUCCUGGAAAACACCAAACCCUCCCAAAGUGGCUCUUCUCAUGGCUCUGUCUGUUCUGCUUCUAUUGAUCCAGACAACUCAAAGAGUGCCAUUGAGCUCACAGAGCUGAAGGCAGCAUUAAUAUUUCAACUGUCUUUCAUUCCAAGGAACAAUAAAAGCCCUGGGCUGGAACAGGGAGUGUUACAGCUUUGUGGUGGCAGUCAUAAGAAAGCACAAAGUUCCAGCAGGGGGAAAAGGGCCAAAGACUCAUACAGGGGUCUCACUAUGACCUGGGGCUUCCCGAAGACCUCCUUUCCAUGCAAUAUAGCUGUGUCUUGUCCUGUCCCAUCCCAAUACUUACUGUUUGUCUCUUCAGGACAGGCAAUGAAUCAUUAAGUUUGGGAAAGACCUCCAAGAUCCCCAAGUCCAGCCAUCAACCCAUCCCCACCAUGCCCACUGACCA